AUGGAUGAGUUACUGGACACCAUCGUUGUUUGGGUUUUCCGGAUUUCUCUUGGUAUAGCAAUGUUUGUUGUUUUAUAUAAAAGAAUUAUGUCCCCUCAAUCUAUCAAUAAAGACCUUAAAAUCUUGUUGGCCAGAUAUUUUGCUUGUCAAUUUGCAAUAUUUUUCGCAUCACAUCUUCAAAUGCCCUACAGAUACCAAUUGUUUCUCGAAAAAGGACUAACUGGCUCCCAAAUAUCCGAAAUUUUCGCUUAUGCAAAUAUUGUCAUUGCAAUUUGGAAUUUAAUUAUGCCAAUCGCACUCAAAAAGCUUGGUCAUGCAACAUUAUGCACAUUUGUAGCCCUUUCAUAUUGCCUUAACUCAUUUUUAAUCUCAUUCAGUGAUAAAUUUUACCUUUUCGUUAUCUCAGGAUGCAUUUCAGGUCUCGCAAUGCCAACAGCAAUGAUGUCCCUAAUGGAUUACUGGAUGUCAGAGGAAAUGCUGCUUCCAGAAGAAUCAAACGCAAAUUUUGUUUUUAAUGAGUUCAGAGUACUUGUUGCUUUGCUUAAUUCUUCGAUAUCAUCACCUACAAGCAACUAUAUCGCUACAAAUUACGGAAUUAAAUACGUUUUCUCGUUCACAAUUUCAAUUCCACUUGCUUCUAUCAUUUUGAUCACUUCUUUACUACAUCUACAGAAGAAACCGGAAGAAAAAUCAAUUGGCGGUGAUUUUUCGGACCUUAAAGUCUUCUUUACAGAAAAUCCAAAAAAUAUCGCAUUUGUUUUCACGGAAAUUGCCUUUUCUGUUGUUCUCCAUUCAAUGAUGCAACACAUGUCUGCAUUUCUAUUCACACCCACUCAUAAACCUCCAAUGGGAUACGUAAAAGGCGCUUACGGGGUUUUAGAUUUAAUUUCAGCACAAUUAUUCUCGCAAAUCUCCGGGAACUUGUCAGCAACGAUGUGGACAAUUGUUAUAAUGAUAUCCAUGGGGGUGGCAAUGAGCGGAAUUGUUGUUUUUUACGAAAAUAAGAUUAUUACAUUUUUAUUGUUGGGAUUAGUAUCAGCAAUUAUAUCAUCUGCUAACGGAAUCUUCAUACAGAUGAGGAAACUGAUAUAUCCAGGCAGAAUCCGCAACUAUAUCAUGACAGUUGUGAAAAUGCCUUCAUCUCUCAUUUCUACAGUGAUAAUUUACUUCGUUAAGGACUACAACGUGAAAUCUUACAUUAUUGUAUCCACUGUUGUUGUCGCUUGGGGAGCUAUUUUCGCUUAUAUCAUUCGAUCUUUCGAAAAAACAGAAAUCAUCACAAAAGAUCAGGAAGAACUCCUCGAAGAGACAAAGAAUAUUACAGUGGAAGUAGACGAAGAGGAAGAGAAGAAAGAAGUUUAA